CGGAGCCAUGGCCCGGCCUGGGGCCCCGCUCCUGCUCCUGGCCGCCGCGCUGGGCGCCUGCGCCUUCUACUACCUGGGCGCGGGGCGCGAGACCUUCUCCAGCGCCCCGGGCCCGGGCCCGGCCCCGCGCCGCUUCCACCUGCUGCUGAUGUUCACCAAGGCGGCGCGGAGCUCGGCGCUGCAGGCCCGGGGCCAGGCUGCGCUGCGCUCCCUGCUGCGCCACGCGCGCUUCGCGCCGGGCCAGGUGCUGCACCUGCACUUCGUGAGCGAGCCGCGCAGCCGCGAGAUCGCCCAGGGCCUGCUGCGCCCGCUGCUGCCGGGCCUCCCCUUCCAGUGCCAGGCCUUUCCCCAGCUCUGCCUCCCUCUACGUCCCCAGGUAAUAUUCCAUGACGUGGACAUGCUGACAGAACAGCUGUUUCCAGUAGUUGAGGCCAUGCAGAAACACUUCAGUGCUGGGUCCGGGUCCUACUACAGCGACUCCAUCUUCUUCCUGUCGGUGGCCAUGCACCGCAUCAUGCCCACAGAGCACAGCCCUCGAGAGCAAUGGCCUGGGGAGAGAGAGACUGGAGUGAGCCAGAUAGAACGGAUAAUCCAGCUGGACUUGGACCUGAAAUACAAGACCAACAUCCGAGAGCUGUUUGAGGAGUUUGACCAUUUCCUGCAAGGAGCCGUCAUUGGGAUAGCCAGAGAGAUGCAGCCUGUCUACAGAUUCCUCCGUCUCACAGGAAUCCCUGGGGGUGGAUCUAGCCAGUGUCCUGGCUCUGCCAGCAGCCUGCAGCAGCAGCAGACGAAGGUGGGAUACUCUGCAUCCUGGGGAAGCCUCUUCCUACCACCAGGCCUUAUGGGUGUGAAAAAAAAGCCUGGAACUGUGACCCAGGUAUAACUGAUGGAGCCAUAGCUGUCUGAGUCUGCAGAGAGCCUGACCCACUUGCCUGGAGACAGGAACCUGCCCCAGUCAUCAAAUGGACGUGGUAAGCCAGAACCUGCGACUCAGACGGGUGCAUCUGUUGACACUCUCAUUUCUGCCAGGGUUCCUAAUGUGUGUGUGGGUUGGGGUGGGGGGGGCUGCCCUCUGGGCACCACACCUUAGCGCUGCUGGGGUUGUGGCUUGCAGGCCCCAGGUCUAACUGAUGACAGGAUACAUGGAUGUGAGGAGGCGAGGAGCCCCAGGCUUGCCCGUGUUGCAGUCUGUGAGUCAAACCAAGACAGGACCCUGGCAUGGGUGGGGCGGGGGAGGUUGUGUUAUUCAACUGCUGCAGGACAGUGGUCAGGUUGCUCAAUUCAGCCAAAGAUACUGGAGUACAUGAGGAGGAGCAGAGGUGAUGGGGGCAGGGGGCAUGUGUGUGUGGGGCCUGAGCUGGCGAGUUGUGCUGGGCAGAGCGAGGACCAACUGGGAGCUGCAAGGGAAGAGAGAGGGAGAGAGAGAGAGUGUGUGUUGCCCCCCACCAUGUGCAGCAGAUAUGGGUCGUCUAUGGGCGGGGGGGGGUGUCUGUUUAGGGUGCAUGCAUGGGGUGAUGGUGAGCAUGCAGCAUGGUGUUAGGCCUUGCGCUUAGAUGGCACACGGGGGUGGGGAGGGCUCAGCCAUCCCCAGAAACCUGGGGCACUCAAGCCUCUCCCAGCUGCGUUUCCAGGCGCUAGUGCCUGCGUGUGUCAGCGGGCAGCAGAGUCCCAGCGUCCAGGGGCAGGUCUGAGGCAGCACCAGCCAACCCAGCCCAUCACUAGUGACUACAGCAUUACUGGGAGCAGAGUGUGGGGCCCGUCCUGGCGCUUACUGAGCCCCACUGGGACUCGCUGGGGUGUGAGUAGCCAGCCAGCGCUGCCCCAUUGUUUGCUGCGCGGUGCCACUGUGUCAGUGCGUCCGGGUGGAGGUCAGGGACUGGGUGCGAAUCCUCAAGCUGCGCCUUGCCAUGCCAAGGGCACCUGGCCCGUCCCUGACCAGUCCAUGCCUGCCCCUCCCCCCCGACUUAGGGUGUGUCCCGCACCCUAACGUCGCACGGCGCAGUGCUGGGUGGGCAGACGAAUGCCCUGGAGCUGGCCUGGCCCCUGUUCACCACCAGAGGGUGGGAGUGAGCACAUUCCCUGUGGCACUUGUAGCCACAUACCCCCAGAGCAUCAGGGCACAGGGUACCUGGGGUCAAAGGGGUGGGCACUAGGGUGUGAGCAAGGGGGUGGGCUAGCCAGACAGGGCUGGAGGGGACCCUGUAGGGUGCACCAGGAUGUGUGUGGUAAGAGUGAGGGCAAAGGAUGCAGGGCUUUAUGGUGCUUGAACACAAAGAGGGUUAGGGUGUGUGCCCAGUGGGGGAGGAGGAGGCACAGGAUUGGGGGCAGGGAGUAGUGGUAGAGGACGCAGAGUUAGGGUGGG